AUGUCAAGCUGUGCAGGGAGAUGUGGGGCAGGGUAUUCUAGGAAGCAUAACUGCCAAUGUGAUAAUAACUGCUACCUCUACAUGGAGUGCUGCCCAGAUUACAAGAGACUCUGCAUUGCAGAACUCACCUGUAAAGGUCGUUGCUCUGAGAGCUUUGUAAGAGGAAGACCAUGUGACUGUGAUCCAGACUGUCCAUUAUAUGGCAAGUGCUGCCCAGACUUUGAACAGACUUGUAUAGGAGGCCAAACUACCAUAUACCAAACUAAGGCAACCACUACCACAACCGCACCAACAACCCCGCCUUCCACUACCACCACCGCCAUGACUAAACCAUCUACAGCCAUGAAACCAAAAGCGGCUCCUCCAGCUACUAAGUCGACAACCAAACGUUCACCGAAACCACUCAAACCCAAACCCAAACCAAAGCCGAAACCCAAACCAAAGCCAUUAAAGAAGAAAAAGAAGCAAAAGAAAAUAUCUCAUGAAAUUAUGGAAGAACAUUCUGAGCAAUCUUCGUCCUCCUCCUCAACUUCCUCAAAAAUUCGGAGAACCAUGGCUUCAACAAGCAAUACUGAUGAAAAGGACAAGAAA